UCUUAUGACAGCUCCCGAUCCCCACCCCCCACCCCCCGCACGAAAAAGUAUUUGCCGGCAAAAUCGGUGGAGGGCCUGCGACUCCAGCAAACCAUUAACCUUAUUGACGGAUCUUAGAAAAUAAUGAGAUUUUUUUUUUCUUAUGAGCAAAUUGCAGUUUAUUGAUAAAAUCAUAUUUAAAAUUUUCAUCUAAUUUUCAGCUCGCAAGCUGUUCGUGGAAUGAGUCAGCUCUACGCUCUCCUUCUAUGUGUGAUAUCCGCAGGUUUACCUGUGGCAGCCAUUAUGACGGACCACGUGACAUCCGUUGUCCCCUCUAUAUAUUUCACAUUCCUAUUCGUUGUGGGAACCGCCUAUCUCCUCUACGUUCUUCUCUACCUCCUGCGAGGAUCUUCCUCGAAAAGUACUUGGAUGACACCUCUUCCUAUGGUGUCGCGUCCCUCAAGGCCAAUGCGUGAGAACCACCUUUCAUCCUCCCCGGUGGGUACUUUGAGGAGGCCGGGGAAUACGUACCGGAUGCGAUCGAGGAAUGACAGCAUUCCAGGGCACGAAGUCUGCGAAGAGUCAGUGAACUCAAGCACCAGAGAAAAACCAAAGACCCAUACGACAGGGACUUCUGGUGUGACAGGAAGUAUGGGAUCUGACUGCUCCUAUUCUCGUCGGUGUAGUGCCACCAGUGCCCUCCAGGAGGUCGAUGAGGACAUCGAGUUUAUUAAUCCACUCAGCGGCCUCGAAAGCGAGGUACAGCGGCUCCGCCGCGAUGAAAGUGAUGCUGCUUGGACAGCCUGUGAGCGCAUCUUUGAAACUAUGGACCCCGACAGACGACCCAGAAAGCCUUCUAUCUCAUCAUCUCUAACAUAUUGUACUGCUUUUAAAGACGAACUUGCUGCAAAUACGUCAGAUUUUAGGCCGGAGAAAGUAUUUAGGGAGAAUGAUGUUCGAAUCCAGCGAUCGCGACGGGUGACCGUGCUUAGUUCCGAGGAGGCGCAUUCUCCGGGCUUUUAUCAAAGAAUUGGUGCAAUAUUAUUCGGUACUGGUACCGUCAUCAGCUGCGCCCUCCAAUCGGCGGCAGCGGUUGAAGCCAUCAUGAUAUGCCCGGAUCUCGAGAACGAUCACCACAGGUUUGAACUCCUCGCUCACACAUCACAGGCUGUCUUUACAAUGCUUCAGCUCUUCUUCUUCUUCAAACAUUCAAAGAUUUCUAUCAACCACCAUAAAGCGCUGUCAAGAUUUGGACUGAUGCAUCUAGUUGCGACCAAUGUGGGUGUGUGGUUGCAAACGCUGGUCCGGGAGUCGGUCCACAGUUCACAUCACCAGGAGUCUCAUGAUAACGAGGUUCAUGACGACGUCAUUGGCGGAAAUGUGACCACAGCACAUGACCGCGUCAGGAGGGAAGCUCAAGGAAAUGUGGACAUUGGUCACUUUCCAAAUAGCAGUUGUGCUGGUCCCCCAACACUGGGAGCCAUUAUGAGCGUCGCCACACCCUUCCUUUACCCGUUCGUCAUCGAGUACAGUCUCAUUGCUGCGGUAGCGACAUACGUCAUCUACACAAACAUCGGCUUGGCGAAGAAGUCAAGCCAGGAAGAGACCAUGACACCCUUGGAUCUAAUGGGGCGGGAAAUCAACCUCAAGACAGGAUUCAGCGUGGACUGUCAUCGCUCCAGCAAAGGUCUAUUUCUCGGUAUAGCGAUUGUCGCAACUGUUGUGACGACUACAGUAAUGUUCAUGGUGUUCCACGAGCAGCACGAAAUGCGCCACGUGGGCAACAUGAUGUACUAUUACACAGACUCUGGCUUACUCUUCAUAGCGUUCCUAGGAGUCAUCUACACCGCGUUCCAGGUGAAGAAACUCACUUUUGUCCAGAAUGCCAGCAACGGUCCCGAUGAGAUUCUGUUGUCUGUGGCACUGGUUGGAGUGUACACGUUUGAUGUUCUCAGCCUGGUCUGGGCGUUUUACACCCACGACCUCCACAAUAUCUUCGCGGCUUUAGUGAGACCAUUACUCUCUUCUGUCCAAGCAACCGUCCAAGUGAUCUUCAUACAGGAUGGCAUCCGCAGACAAUCAACAGACAUCGAUCUUCUGCUGAGGAAACCUGGGCAGGAAGGUGUGAUAUUUCUUCUCAUGACCAACGUGGCGCUAUGGAUCCUCUACACGUUUCAGACGCGGACUGUUUACAGUGACCCAGAUGGAUAUAGGUAUUUGCUGAGUCAAGUCUGGUUGAUUGUCACUUAUAUUUGUACUCCUCUCGUCAUUUUCUUUAGAUUUCAUUCCACUGCAUGCUUAGCAGACAUUUGGAAAAGUGCUUAUAACAGAAAGAAAAAGCAUCACUGACAUGGUGCUUCGUACAAAUUUGCUUUAUUUACCGCAAUGACAACUUGAAACUGUCAAAGAACUGCAUUGACGGGUGAAACCGUUUCUGAA